UACUAAACCAACUGACGACGUCAACAAAAUCAGUAUUUGUGUAGCGCAUCACGAAUGCAAAAGGGUUUAGGUGAGGAAAUUACAUUUCCUACCACAAUGAAUGCAAACAUGUGACUCGGUUAAAUGGUACUUUAUGCUGUAGCUGAAGCGAUGGGAGGCGUUACUCGUAAACACUAUGUCUAACAGACAGGAACCUAGGUUUCCGGCAGCUAAUGGAAAGGGAGUUUCGGGAAUCCGACCGUACUAUGCGCCUGGGCUAUCUCAAGGGAACUACACAACACUGUCUGCGCCGUCACUGCCAACUUUUCCUGUAAAUUCAAGUUACCUGACCGAUGAUCUAGAUGACCUAGACUUGAUUGAUUCUCGAGCCGCUGCCAGAGAACUCAUCAACUUUGUAGCUUUGAAAUUUCUUACCACCGCCGUCAAUUCACCUUUUGAAGUUGCCAACACUUUGCUUCAAGUUCAAUAUUUACCUACGGAGCAGGACAACCGUCUGUUCAACGCGCAAUUGCAAAGUACAGAAGAAGAAACUAGUUCUGACUAUGCGGAAGAAGAAAACAAUGAUGAGGAUGAUGAAGAGGAAGAUGAUGAAGAUAUUUAUGGAACAGGCUCAGGCAGUCGCUCGCGUCGACGACAUUCCAGCGAUGAGCCCUAUCAGCAGCCCACUUUGGACCCAAGUGAUCCGAUGUUCAAGCGACAUGUUCCUGUAGAUGAGAGCGGAUACAUUGUGCGACCAAGCGUAUAUGAUGAAGGCACAAGGCCACAACAUCAACUGCCACCGAUUGAAGGUGGAGUGUGGAAGACCAUCAAAUUGCUCUUGAACAAGGAAGGAGAAGGGUGGAAAUCAUUGUUCAAGGGACAAUACACUAACUGGCUUUAUGAGAUCUCACAUCUCUUUCUACAACCAACGCUUGAAGGAACGCUGAAUGAUGCUUUCGGUCUGUAUGACGAUACGAUACCCUUAGUCCACCUCGAUCAUGCCGGUCCAAAUGUCGCGACUAUUGUAUUCAGUCAUUUAAUUAUCGGCGUACUACUCAGUCCCUUGGAACUGGUGAAGACCAGAAUGAUCGUUCAAUCUGCGUCUCCUUUGCAGAGGAAAUACAAAGGACCAUUACACGCACUUCGCACCAUUAUGGCGGAGGAAGGUGGCUUGAAGGGACUGUAUAUGUCACAUAACCUUGUACCUACCAUGCUAUACCACUCCCUCAUCCCAUUAAUCUCCAAUACCGGUCCGUUAAUUAUUGAUCGCAUUUUCCGCGUCUCAGCUGUCGACUCACCAUUUUUGUAUGGAUUGGCUCAACUUGGUCUCGAUACUUUGGAGCUAAUCAUCACGUUGCCACUCGAAACCAUUCGAAAACGUAUGCAAUGCCAGAUAAGAUCAAGAGUACCAGGAAAGCGCUUUGAAAGUGUCGUUCCUCUACGACCUGUUCCUUAUGCAGGCGUUGGAGAUGCCAUUUAUAAGAUAAUGAAGGAGGAAGGCGGUAAACCUGCCACACGCAAGAACCGCAAGACUUCCAGCCGGGGUAUCCAGUACACUGGAUUAGGGCUUCGUGGACUUUAUCAAGGAUUUGGAAUGCAGUGCACAACAAAUAUUGUGUUCUUUGUGUUCCAUGCAAUCAACGGCAUCGAAGCCGACGACUUUGAAGAUUUCUGAACGAAGGCAUAUUGAAAUAGUUUCGACAACCAUAGAAGUAAUUUUUGUUAUCCUCUUUCCUCUUAUACAUAAAUCUACACACCUUAACCUACUACUACCAU